AUGUCUGGAACUGUUUGGGCAACCGAGCGAGACGCCGACCUUCCGGUGAAGAUAGGGACGGCGGGGGCCGCGGCCAGGCCAGCGAAGACGGUUUUCGAGGUGUUCCAGAAGGCGGUGGAGAACCAUGGGGAGAACCCCGCCCUCAUGUUCAAGGACACCUCGGGGGGCAUGUCUGCGGACGAUGCCCCGUGGCAGACGCUAACCUGGGCGCAGUACUACAUGGAGACGCUCAGGUUCGGCAAGAGCCUGCUAUCACUCGAUUUCGCUCCGCACCGGUGCGUUAACAUCAUCGGCUUCAACUCGACCGAGUGGUUCAUCGCCAACAUGGGAGCCAUUGCCGCUGGAGGGAUCGCUGCUGGCAUCUACACCUCCAACCUCCCGGAGGCUUGCCAGUACAUCACCAACCACUCCGAGGCGGAGGUAGUGGUGGUCGAGAACGAGGCACAGCUCGCCAAGUUCGUCAAGCUGGCGGCCACCCUCACCUCGGUGAAGGCCAUCGUCAUGUACAGGGGCAACGUGCCGGAGGAGACGGAGUGCGGCUUCCCCGUGUACACGUGGAAACAGUUCAUGGAGCUCGGGAGUAAGAUCCCAGACACUAAGAUCGAGGAGCGCAUCGAGGCGCAGAGGCCGGGCCAGUGCUGCUCUCUCAUCUACACCAGCGGGACCACCGGUCAGCCCAAGGCGGUCAUGAUCAGCCACGACAACAUGACUUGGACUGCGGAGACGCUCUGCGCACCGUUCAACUGGAGUCACGCGGAGAGAGGCGUCUCGUACCUCCCCCUCAGCCACGUCGCCGGCCAGCUGUUGGAUAUGCACGCGCCUAUGGCAGUUGCCAGCUCGGUGUGGUUCGCCCAGCCCGAUGCUUUGAAGGGGACCUUGGUCAAGACCUUGAGGGAAGUGCGCCCGACGACGUUUGUCGGGGUGCCCAGGGUGUGGGAGAAGAUGUAUGAGAAGAUGCAGGAAAUCGGCCGCUCCAUCCAUGGCGCGAAGGCUGCGCUCUCAGCCUGGUCUAAAGGAAGGGGCCUGGCCAACGCAAGGCGGAAGGAGUACAGCGGGGGAGGGGGGACUCCGUGGGGUUUCAAGAUCGCCAACGCGUUGGUGUUUUCCAAGGUGAAAGAGAAGCUGGGCUUGGACAAGGCAAACCUUUGCUUCACGACCGCCGCACCCAUCGCACAGGAGACCUUGGAGUACUUCGCUUCCUUGAACAUCCAUAUCAUGGAGGUGUUCGGCCAGUCAGAGUGCACCGGGCCGAUGGCGGUCAGCACUAAGGAGGCUUGGAAGAUGGGCUCGUGCGGCCGUCCAAUGCUGGGGACCGAGUCUAAGCUCGAGCCGGGAACGGGCGAGCUUUGCUAUCGCGGCCGCAACAUAUUCAUGGGGUACAUGCACAACCCCGAGAAGACGGCGGAGACGAUCGACGAGGACGGCUGGAUGCACAGCGGAGAUGUAGCCACGUUCGACGAGGACGGAGACCCCAGGAUCGAAGGGCCCAGCGGCUUCGUGCGGAUCACGGGGCGCAUCAAAGAGCUCAUCAUCACCGCCGGGGGGGAGAACAUACCGCCGGUACUCAUCGAGAGCGAGUUCAAGGCCGAGCUUCCGUGCAUCGCCAACUGCAUGGUCAUCGGGGACAAGAGGAAGUUCCUCACCAUCCUCAUCGCGCUCAGAUCCGAGAAACGAGAGGACGAGAACGGUGGGUCGUCGACCGUCAGGCUGGUCGGCGACAGCUUGACGGCGUGCGAGAAGAUCGGCAGCACGGCCACCACCAUCGAGGAGGCCAAGGCAGACACCAAGUGGACUGAGUACAUCAACAAGGCCAUGAAGGCUUGCAACGCUCGCACGACGUCCAACGCGCAGAGGGUGGCCAAGUGGGCCUUCCUCCCCCACGACUUCUCCGUAGAAGGAGGAGAGUUGACGGAGACCCUCAAGCUAAGGCGAGGCCCGACUUCCGAGAAGUACUCGGACAUCAUCGAGGGGCUCUACGCAUGAUGCGCUUUUCUUCUCGCUCAUCUCAAGCUUUGGUUUGUAGUUCAGUCUCGCGUGUGAGCCUCACAUUUCUUUCUUCAUGCCAAGGAUAAGGGCAGCUACCGUCCUCACUUUGCUGCUGCUAGGAACGUUAUUCAGAGGAAAUCGUGCCGCCGGGCCGCGCCCCAUGUUCACGCUGCGUGCUUCGCACUUUCAGAUGUUACGUUUUGUUCUUUUAUCUGGCGAGGUGCAUAAUUAUUGUCGCGGAGAGAUACUGGAGGCUUUGGCAGUCAACUCCCAAGCGGAUGACAUGACUUACCGGCGGUUGCCUCGUCUUAGCUGGGUAUCGGCCCUUGACUAACCGUGUAUCACCACGGCAGCAGGAGGGGAGGGGAGAUAUUGAAUGACAGAAGGACGAGUCAACGUUAGACCGUUCCGCUGGCAAGUCAGCGGACGGUUGGGCCUUCGAGUAACGUAUGGGGAAGUACACGGAGCCCGGUGAGAAGACCGGGUUCAUGUAGUUGCUGAAAUUCCGUUUUACUGCAUAGAAGGAGAGAGAAGUGUGCAUGACUGAUGAACUGGGUAAAAUACGCGAGCAAACACCUUCAAGACAUACUUCAUUAUAUUACGAAGAAUAUGUACUAGUAUAAUAUAAGCCUACAUAUC